AUGUUUAAAGCACAUAUAGAUUUGGGACUAAAUCAAAUGUCAAUUGAUAGUAUUCCAAGUGGUGUUAUUGUGCAUAGAAAGUAUAUAUUUAUAAAUGGGGUAAAGACAAUUUUACAUAGAAAAGCUGAACAGCUGACAAGAUUAAUAUGUUUUUUAAAUCCGAAAGGAUUUAGAAAAAUUCGUAAAAAACCAAACUUUACCAAAGUUAAUUUAAUCGAGUCAACUUCAUUAAAUUCUCAAAAAAUCGAAAAGGAAAUGGAAUAUCCUUACAUUGCAAUUUGUUUAAAAUUUGAAAAUGCAGGAAAUUAUUUUAUAAUUGUUUCGGACAAAUAUCAAUUCUACGUUCAAAUUAAAGGAGCAAAUGAAGAUAGAUGUGUGUUAAAAAUAUUCAAGAAAAUGUGUGAUUUAGAUAAAGAAUUUUUUAAAAGUUUAAGACAAUACAUAAAAAUUAAAAUAUUAAAAACAAAAAUAGAUAAUAUUGAAGAUGGUAAAAUGAAUGUUUAUAAUUAUGAGUUUUUUGGCAAAUAUAUUCUACCCGAAUUUGUUGCCGACAUUGUUCCAAUGUUUACUGAUGGAAGCUAUGAGUUUUAUUUGGAUGGCGAUGGACAUACAACAGAAAGAGUUUAG